AUGCCUUCCCCAUCAGCUCUCAUGGCAACCCACACCGACGAAGAGUCUACUCUUCCCCCCAGCAACCCCAUCAUCAUCAGCACCGGUGAAGUCCUCUCUCUUCUGGGAGCCCUCAUAACCCUGAAGCUUCUCCACGCUGUAGCAUUCCUAUUUCGCCUUGACAAAAGUCGGAAACGACCACUGAAAAGCCCAGUCGUUAGAGCUAUUGUUCGCAGAGAGCAACUUAUCAUCAAUAUUUUCUUAUCCGUCAUGCCCGAGGGUGUCUUCCGCUCACCCACAAUCCCGGAUGCAAUUGAGAUAGCACAUUUUCCAUCAGUUGAUGGGCCUGCAGAUGAGAGCCGGACAUCAUCUGAUGUGCAGAGACCUCUUAUUCAUACCUCACCUUGUGUACCAACUGGAUUUCGUCUGUGGCAGUGUGGGUCAAGCCGCGGCGUGGAAGCUUUUCCUUCCAGCCAUCAACUCCUAGAGUCAGGACAUGCAGCAAGCGAAAGAAGCAGUGCACAACGGUUACUCUGCGCCAACGAGGAUGAAGAACAGGGAUGUUUAUCUGUCUCUCACACCGAUUCUCCUAAUGUGAGCCAGACAAGCGUAACUACUUUGAACCCAGAGUACGCUGCAUUCAGGGCUGAGAGACAGCGCUUAAACCCCGCCAGUCGGCCAUGGUCUGUUGACUCUGUUGGGUUGCCUUUAAUGAACGACUCGUAUGCGAUCUUGAUAUUGGAAGAGGUGUCAAGGUCAGCUCCGUCAACGGAGGGUUUUCCUGGAAGAUUUUCUAUCAGCGAAGGGUCGUAUGGUAAUACUUUGUCUAUGACGCCACACUGUACAAGAGGUCGGAGUGUGACUUCUGUGCGGCCGUUUUCGGACCUGUGA